UUCACAGGCGCACUUGCUUCGUGCAGACACCCCAAGCCCGGUCAGUUUAUGACCAAGAAAGAGAAUAUUCCCAGCAUUGUUAGCUCCGACUCCGCUAACAUGGCUCUUGACAGUGAGUACAACUGCUCCCGUUAAUUUUUCUGCCAUUCCUAGCAAAAUAGGAGACAUUGCCCAGUAGAGAAGUAGAAGGAGUAUCUUAAGUUAAAAAUAUGUGUUACAUCUGGAAAAAAGAAGACGGAAAAAAAGACGCGUAAAGAUGAAUCUUAGGUUAACUGAAUGGUUCAGCCGUGCUUCACAUUUUUGCUGCGCACAACUUUCUUGGUCAUCAUAUUCAGGGCGCGUCUUCGAAACCCAGCGCGCGCCUUUUGAUGCGUCAAGUCAGUUUGUGUUCGUUCUCCUUUAAGUAAACUAAUAGAACUUUUAUUUACCACGAAUAAUUAAGGUGAAACAUAUUAAGUUAUUCAGCGGAGAUUGAUAAAUUAUAUUUGUAAAGUUAAAGGUGAUUUUAACUAGGAAUCUCUUUUCUUUUCCAGAGCGUCUUGUAGCACACAUUCAAUUCAACGCUACCAAAGGGAACGUUGUGGAAGAUUCCUCUGGCUACGCCAACAACGGCUACAUGCAGGAUGGAGCUAUAGUGGUAAACUUUCCCAACAGUAAGUGUGGAAAUGCUGCCUACACAUACUGUGGUGACAUCCUCUUCCAUGGUGAUACUUUCCAGGCCAAGCCCAGAGAAGGAGUAACAGUCGCAGCUUUUAUCAACUUGAAGGAUAUUGAGGGCAGUCGAUCGGUGUUUGACACUAUUGGUAUUAGCCAUCAGUGCGGACAAUUCCACUUUGAAGUCAACUACGGCUCAGUACGCUGGUUCCACAGGAACGAGACCCAACAUAUUAUCUUCAGUUGUACUGCUGAGGGAAAACAGGUCCAGAAAGGUAUGUGAAACCAGGGCUAUAAUGGUCUGACAGACAGACUAAUAAGUGUGUUAAUUGUCUAGAACUAUUUGCUUCAGACAACUUAAGUGGGUAAAAACCUAAAACUGGCCAAUAAAGCUUUUCAAUCAAGACGAUUUCUUCAUACUUUGUACGUGAAAUCCUCAAGCGCUCCUGCUCGCCCUUGUCGGCCUCAUUUCUCGGGCUAGCCACUCGGCUCUUUUAUGUGACAAGAUCCCCAACAAGCAAGUGAAAAUGCAAAUAAUUAUUUGGAAAGCAGCUUAUAAUCCUACUAGAGCUACAAAGUAUACAGUAACGAAAUGACAUGCUUCAUUUUAUCAUUAGAAUGUGCCUCAGAGUGUAAUGUCUAGCGACGAGGUCCUAAAACAUAAUAGCAAGAAACAUUCUACAUCUAUUUCUUUUUUUCCCAGAUAAAUGGACUCAUAUUGCCGGCACGUAUGAUUCUGCAACUGGUAAAUCCAAAAUUUAUGUCAACGGUGAGCUCCGAAAUAUGACCAUUGGAGGUGGCCUUUUGUCCAGGGACUGGCUGGCACGCGCUGGAAUCGGUGACCAUAAGGCCGGACGCCCUCUCAUGGGAUUUAUCGAUGAGUUCAGAAUCUACAACUAUGCUCUGACCAAGGCUGAAAUCGAAACUCUAGCAAAAAUGUGUCUUCCAGGAGGUACUUUAUUGAGUGAUUAAUUUUGUUAUCUUUAUAAAGCAAUCCCUUAAAUGCCAGGUAUAAAAUCAAGUUCAAAGCCUUAGAUUUGUCUACCCAAAACAGACAACACUACGUCAUGUACGGCUAACAUAAAAUUGAGUUGCCUAUUUCUCAUUAGCUCUAGACUUUGCUUUAAAGAUCAUGUAUACACUGUUUCCGUCGAAAGGUAUCUUUUUCUGCCAAUGAACAGCGAUUUGGACUUAAAUUUAACACUUUUUCGAAGGGUUUUAAUACCAGUAUUGCUCCGAAACAGGUCUAUUACAUUCAGAAGUGUAAUCCAUAAUAAUUUAAAUUAUGGCAGAAAGCUUAAGAGUGCAUGAUUUAUUCUGGGAAUGCUAACAACUAACACAGUGAUUAGAGUUCCAAACAUAAAAUGUUCUAAGAAUGCCGACUCUCACGUAUAACUCGAGGGAGACUAAUGAGCUCCUGUCGUUAAGUAAAAACUGCUUAUGAAUGAAGUGAACCAAUCAGUGGCAAAUUAAAAGAAAAAUCAACGAAUGACAGAAAACGAUUAUUGGUAAUCUUGAUGAUAUUGAUUUCAUCCUGUUGACAUCGACUUUUGAACAGUUUUUUUAAAUCAGGAGGUCGUAGAUAAAUGAUAAAGAGCGUGCCUUUUAGGACGUAAUUCUUUAGACAACUCCUUACAAGAUAAUUGAAAACCAACUCAACUAACUAAUGAAAUAUAUAAAAAGGUGAAUAAAUAAAUGACUUGUAAAGUAAACCACAUGGUUAGACUGGAUAACUUACUAAAUUAAAUUUGCAAUGAGGAAUAGUUAAUAACAGUCUUAAUCUUAAUUUGGGAUACCAAGUUGGUAAUGGGGACAAGGAAGAAGAUAGGGAAUCAUCAUGGCUGCAAAAAGAGAUCUGGUAAUUACCUAAUACUUUCGUCUUGAAGUAAAGCAAGGAUGUCAUAAACUUUAACUAAAAACAAUAAACAGUUACUUUUUUAAGCUCCCUGCGUCAUUUAACUACCGAAGCCAAAAAAAAGAGCCCCAAUGCGAAAAGUGGUGGCAUCACUAUCGUGGACUUGAUGAUUGAUGGACAUUACGGAGGAGAGCAGUGAUUGGUUGAUCCACAUUCAUAUAGCAGUAUCCACCCAUCCAUCCAUCCAUCCAUCCAUCCAUCCAUCCAUCCAUCCAUCCAUCCAUCCAUCCAUCCAUCCAUCCAUCCAUCCAUCCAUCCAUCCAUCCAUCCAUCCAUCACCCAUCUAUUCAUUCAUUUAUUCAUUCAUUCAUUCAUUCAUUCAUUCAUUCAUUCAUUCAUUCAUUCAUAGGUGGUGCCGUACGUCCAACGACACCGACCACCAAACCGCCUGGCUCGACGUCAGCCAAACCGUCUUCUACAACACCUGCCACUAAGCCUUCAGUCACACCGACAAAGCCGUCUGGCCCGACUUCGGCCAAAACAACGGCCACAAAACCCACUACUAAGCCCACAGUCACACCGACAAAACCGUCUAGCCCUACUUCGGCCAAAACAACUGCCACAAAACCCGCUACUAAGCCCACAGUCACACCGACAAAACCGCCUGGCCCUACAAACGUGGGACCAUUUGUUAGAAAGUUACACAAUUUUGAAGGGAAGAGUGGCUUCGUCAAGUCGCUGAAGAGACGAUUUAACGAAGCCGUGUUAAAGAAAUCCUCGAUAACUGUGAAAGUGCCCUAAUCAGGGUUAAGACGAGACACCUUCACUUAUUUCAUCAUCGAAAACUAUUUAGUACUAGAAUUGUGCAAAAAGAGCUUGUAGAUUUGUUAACUUUUUUGGCGGAGAUCAAGGAACGAACUGUAAGUUCCUUCCAAGGAAUCACAAGUUUAGACUGACAAGACUGUCAAAGACUGACUUAAUAUCUUUUCAAAGAAAUUUCAUGAAGGCAAUACACAAAACCAAUGAUUUUGAUGAUGCCAGUCAAAUAUUCUCUUCCACUAAAUGUUCAGUUUUCUUCUGUGUCUUCAACCUUCUCUGCAUUAACGCGCUGUUUGGUGGAUGACUUCGUAUAUUGUUGGAAAAACGCGGUACAAUGUAUAUUCAUUGAAGGAUUCCAAAUAGAUUCGCCGACAAAACUGCUAGCAUGCAAGAAUGUAUUAGUGUUACACAUGAUUGAUGCACUGUUGGACACAUGUAUACCAGUAUCUGUUUAUACUUGUAUUAUUUCAAUUAGAAGAAGACAAACGGCAAAAAGUUGUUGCUGGAAAUAUCUAUAAAGCGUAACUGUUCAUCAGUAGGAUGCCUAAAAUGUUUUGUUUUGCACAAAAAAUAGUCCAGGCGCCAUUAAAUCCUAUACCAAUUGUAGAAUAUUUUAGGAGGAGCCCCCACAAUGUGAGUUCAGUUACUGAUCAAUUUAAAGGAAAUGCAAUGGGUUGAUAGGUUGAUAACGAACUAAAUGGACACGUCAAUUAAAUAAGUAAAUUAACACGUGUGCAUGAUAAGGAUAAUCAACAACCAAUUCAAGUGUAGGGUGUGCAUUUAUUUUCCUGAGUACUAUUUUGAAAAGGCUACGGUUGAUGACGAACUCAGCCUGUGUGAAAUACUUCCAAAGAGUUAUUUUGAUUUAAAAAUACUAAGAAUAAAUAUGUGCUACGUGUAAAGGUUAUUAUUGACGUUUGCUUCUUUUUAUUUUUCUUAUCUAACGUGUUAAAGGCUUCUCUCUUUCAUUACUUGUAGCAUCGUUCAAUCUAUUUGCCUGGUUCAAUUUUUAUUUGAUUAUAAUUCAUUACGGUACUUAAACAUGCAAAGAUAAAGGAAACUUAAUUAGUUUGAAGCAGUAAGGUUAAAGAUAUGUGCCAUUGUUAGCUGUCAUUAUCAUAAAUCAAAUUAUUGUCAAUACUAGUAAUCUGAGUUAAAAAUGUAAUGUUAUCUUAGACGUUGAAAGGUAAUUAACUUGGAUCAUUUGGUGUGGUUUGUUCGUUUAAUCAGAUUUGUGUAGUUGUAGCCUUUCUUGGGCUUUGGCUUGUGGCCCGGUCAAUACCAUAAAACGGAUAAGAACAAAGAGCUAAAGGCCAUGGGCUUUGGGAUAUUUGUAGUUUUGGAUAAACACCUGUCAGUUGAGCCCAUUGAGGCUCAAUACCAAAACAGAAAAGACAGAAAGGCCUUGAUUGCCCGGUAAUCUUACUUUGAUACUUCUGGCUUCUGAAAAUUGUAAAAGGCAUCAAGUAUGGCAUUGAUACUGAGAAGGUGCCCGUUUUUUAUAAUUAGAAAAACACUGAAUCUUUAAGAGGACGACAAUUUGUAAACCGAGGACAGAGUACAACUGUGUAACAAAUAGCUGAUUCCAAGAUGAAGAAACUUUCUUCAUUUUGCAUUGGAACCGGAUAAAAAUUGACUAGAAAGGCGUUUCAAGAUGUCAUUGAAGAAUGAUCUUAGUAACUGAUCUGAUUUAUUGUUUUUUACAGGAGGUGGCGUAACACCAACUACACAGCCACCCACUUCUCGCCCAAGCUCAACUCCACCCGUUAUUCGUGACGCUGCUUCUGAUGCCGAAUUUGGUCCUGGAAACAGGAAACGACAGCGUGGCCCACAUGGCCCACGUGCUCUAGCAAACAACCUCAGGCUUCCUCAGGAAGAAUCUGUUGAAGAGGCAGUGCUAAAGAGAUCAUCCAUGCAAGGAUCACAUACCGUGAACGUGCAGUAA